AUGGCCGUGCUAGUGCUCGCAACAGGCUUGUUUCAGCGACAAAAGGACCUAGGUAGGAGGUCACCGUAGGACGCACUACAACACUUUAGGUGGCAAGUGAUCAGCAAAUUGCGUCCUCUCAGCUCCACAAAAUUCUUCGUACUUAAUAUGCUAUUGUCGCUAAUUUGAACACCCUAAGCCCUAGUUCUGUCAAACAUUCAAAGGAGAUGAAACGGACCAAUGAAAGGGCAGCAGGCCUGUUGGAGCAAUGGGGAGUUUGCUUCUACCUCAUAUUCUUUGCUGGGGGAAUUUGGUGCUACAUACUGGCGGCAGCUCUGCUCUUGCACAGAUACACCCGGUUCUUUAUGAUGAUUUAUCUUCUCCACAUCUAUCUGUUUGGAAGGAAGGCAGCAUCUUCUGGAUCAUGGCCUGCCCCACUGAAGAGGCUGAGUGUGUGGAAGUGGAUGAGAGAUUACUUUCCUGCCCAGAUGAUACGAACAGCAGAUUUGGACCCGAGCCGGCCCUACCUCUUUGCCGUCCACCCCCACGGCAUCCUUGCCCAGGGUGCCUGGCUCGGUUUCGCCACAGAUGCAACUUCCUUUCCUCAGUUGUAUCCAGGAGUUAACCCUCACUUUCUCACGCUCACGCCGCACUUCCGGACACCCUUCUUGCGGGAGUUCCUCCUCCUGCAUGGCGUCUGCGACUCGGCUAAAGAAACAUGCGUCGGUCUCCUUGCAAGGGGCCAGUCCAUUGUCCUGACAGUGGGAGGUGCCCGCGAAAGUCUGUAUGCCAAGCCUGGGACCGUGAACCUCGUGCUCGAACGACGGAAAGGCUUCGUCAAGGUGGCGCUUGAGACCGGGGCAAGCCUGGUUCCAGUCAUUAGUUUUGGAGAGAACGACGUGUAUGACACAGUCCUUACCGACCCAGCAUCUGUAUGGGGACGAAUACAAAGGUACUUUCUCACCGUUUGGGGCGUUACACUCCCCGACUUCAAGGGAAGAGGCAUCUUUUUCAUGCCCUUUGUAAAAAUGCAACCAUAUGCGGUGCCCAUGAACAUAGUGGUAGGGGCACCACUCCAUGUACAGAAGUUCGAGGGCGAUAUAGAGUCAAAAGAAGGCAAGCUGCUGGUCGACUCGGUUCACAGUCAGUACAAGAAGGCUCUCCUGGACCUUUGGGAGGUUCACAAGGCGAGGUUCUUGGCAAACCCCGAGACCGAGCUCAGGUUUAUCUAGCUUCGAGGCAUGCAAUGCCAGGACUUUCCCCUGUUGUGGAACAUGAAUCAUGGGCACAAGCGCUGCGCCCAGGACUUUCUUACGUAUUAUCUACGCGAUUGCGGGCAGUCUGACUCGUACAUGAGUCGAAAGAGACGAUCAAAUUUGAGGACGUCAGCUAGAAAGAGAGGCACCGACAAUGCUGGUUAAUUUUAUAUACUGCUCAUCUUUGGAUAGCACUUCCAUCCAGCG